AUGGAGGCCGAAAACAAUUCCCAAUGGCAUGAAAUCAACCAUGUUCAAUCUCACAACUGCCAAUCGGAUGAAACAAUACAACAGCCGUCCCAAGACCAUGAGGCAGUCCCCAAUGCCCCCCAGCAAUUUCCACUAAGAGGCUCAAGAGCCCCGCCGCCAUACCCGGGCGGCGUCUACCUGCACCCCGAUUACAUGCACUACAACCCCCAAUAUGGCCAGCCGCAAAACGCCCCAAUCUGGAGCCUGGCACAACCGCUGCCACAUGUCAUGCGGCCAGGAAUGAAGAACAGGGAGGGUCAAGACACGGCUGCGGACAAACGACCCAACGCACACCAAGAAAAAGUCCCUGCGGCAGACGAGCCACCAACGGAGCACCCGCCUCACAAUGACAAACUCAAAGCGGAAAAGGAACACCCCGAAGCUCGAGUCGCCCAACCAAACGAACGCGGCUUCUUCAACAAGUGGGGAGAAAUCAGACACCAGUUCCGUGAGCCGCUGGCCGAGUGGCUGGGCACCACCAUCGCCAUGACGCUCGGCCUCUGCGCAGGCCUGCAGACGUUUACCUCGCAGAACCAGGCGGGGUCGUUCCCGUCCCUUGCGCCGGCGUGGGGCUUCGCAUUCAUGAUCGCCAUCUACAUGGCGGGCGGGGUCUCAGGCGGCCACUUGAAUCCGGCAAUCACUAUCAGCAUGGCUGUCUGGCGAGGGUUUCCGGCGAGGAAGUGCAUGGUGUACGUUGCCGCGCAGAUCGUCGGCGGCAUCACGGCCGGCGGGAUCGCGUACGCGCUGUACCACGAUGCGAUUGUUGAGUCUGCGCUUGCGAACCAUGUCACGCAGAGCGAGUCGCUGGCGAGGCAGGCGCUGCUUACUGCUCCGAGAGACUUCGUGCACCCUGUUACGGCGUUCUUUAAUGAGUUUGUCGGGACAGCGAUUCUGGUUGGCACGAUUAUGGCGCUGGGGGAUGAUACCAACGCGCCGCCGGGGGCGGGCAUGCAGGCGUUUAUCCUGGGGAUCUUGAUUAGCGUGCUUGUUCUCGCGUUGGGGUAUAACACUGGAGGGUGCUUCAACGGCGCCCGUGACUUCGGUCCCAGAUUGGUUGCCCUCAUGGCCGGCUGGGGUGGCGAGGUCUUCCGCGAGAAACAUGGAUGGUGGAUUUGGGGACCCUGGGCCGCGGAUAUCACUGGCGGACUGUGUGGCACGUUCAUCUACGAUCUGGCUAUCUUCACUGGGGGAGAGAGUCCGAUCAAUUAUCCGCGUCGACGACGGAAGAGGGCGCUGCUGAUCAAACAGAAGAAUUUGAUGUAUAAGUUUCGGUUUGGGCGGAGGAAGAUUAGGGAUGUAGAGAGAGCUGUUCAGGAGGUUGAGCAGUAG